AUGCACAAUUCUGAAAUUCCUGAAGAAACUGUUUUUUUAAGUAAACCACAUUUCUAUGGUCAUAAUUCAUCGUCAACAAAUAUUAAUUUUAAACCUAAUUUUCAUCAACAUGAAUCAACUAUUUAUUUUGAACCACUUACUGGUACACCGAUUCGAGCACAACUACGUAUUCAAUUAAAUACUAAUGCUUGGAUUGAUCGACUUAGACUUAAUCCUGAUGGAUCAACAGAGUAUGAGUGA